UGCUGACGUUUCCGUCGUCUGCUCCGGUGGUCGUCGUAUUCUCCGUAAAAGUUAAAGACAAGACCCAGAGCCAACUACCAGUCUCCCGUCUGAAUUCAAAGUUUCAAACCAUAAUCUUAAUCCAAUCCCCAAAAUUUAUCUUCCAUCCUAAGCUUUGAAACAUAAAACUCAGAUGAGUUUCAGUUGACUUCGAUUAGUUACAAUCAUUCCCUUCAAAUUCAAAGCUUCAAUUUUUCAGUCUUUCUGCUCAAUUUUGAAGCUUUAAUCCCCGGCCGGGGAAGGAAAAGGAAAUUAUGCACCCGUCGAACUCACUCACUCCAAUUUCACCUUCGUCAGAUGCGGUGGACACGUCACCGCUGUUGAACCCCUCCUUGGCCGACCACCUGCUGCGAAGCCGCCGCCUUCUCCGCCGAUCGCCUCCUCAGUUACGUGGCGCGGCUGCCAGGCUCCUUCGCCGGGCCAGCAGCCGCCGCAUGAUGCUUCGCGAGUCAUCGAUCCUGGUCCGGGAAACCGCGGCUGAGCAACUGGAAGAGCGCCAGAGCGACUGGGCGUAUUCAAAACCCAUUAUAGUUCUUGAUGUCCUUUGGAACUUGAUGUUUAUCUUGCUAGCGGUGGUGGUGCUGGGACUGAGCAUGAAGGAGAACCCCUGCGCCCCUUUGAGAGUGUGGGUAAUCGGGUAUGUAUUUCAGUGUUUGAUUCACGUCGGAUGCAUAAUCACCGAAUACAGAAGAAGGCGGCAAGGGAGGGUUUUGGGAUUGGAAAGUGGUGCGGAUUCAAUUUCGAGCUCAGUUUCCGUUCCUGGGACUGGGAAUGAUCCAGAGGACUCUGAGGAUUUUUCCACAGAGCAUUUUCAUAGCGAAAAUGAAACCAAUAUUGUAAAGUGUCUGGAGUCUACAAAUACAAUGUUUUCAUUCAUCUGGUGGAUCAUUGGGUUCUAUUGGGUAACUGAGGAUAGCCGAGCUCUGACACAUGAUUCCCCUCUGCUUUAUUGGCUCUGUGUUGCAUUUCUUGCUUUCGAUGUGGUCUUUGUUGUUAUCUGUGUUGCUGCUGCCUGUCUCAUUGGUAUAGCUGUUUGCUGCUGCCUUCCAUGCAUAAUAGCCAUCUUAUAUGCUCUGACAGACCGGGAAGGAGCUACAGAGGAAGAGAUCCAUAGGUUGCCCAAGUACAAAUUCAAGAGCAUGGGUGAUUCUGAAAAAGUACAUGGCGAGAUUCAAGAAUCUCAUGGUGGGAUAAUGACUGAAUGCAACGCCGACUCUCCUGAACGUGUUCUUUCCCGUGAGGAUGCUGAAUGUUGCGUCUGCCUUUCUGCUUAUGAAGAUGGAACAGAACUGCGUGAGCUCCCUUGUCAUCACCAUUUCCACUGUACCUGUAUAGACAAGUGGUUGUUCAUCAACGCUACCUGCCCUCUUUGCAAGUUCAACAUUUUAAAGGCUGGGAAUCAAAGUUGUAGCGAGGAAGUAUAGAAAAUUUCAGUAGAACCUACUUCUUCAUGUCUGAAUGUUUAUGGUUGCUAACAUAAGAUCUUACUCCUAUUACGAUGUAGCUAAGGUUUUUAUAAAUUAGUAAUCAAAACAAAGAAUUGGAAAAGGAAAUAUUAUUAUGUAACUUAAUUUUGUUGGUUCCCUCUAUUCUUGUGGUAAAUUAGAAAAAAAGUUUGAGCUCGGA